AUUAAAAUGACUUCAUUUUAAUACUUGUUGUGACUGAAAUUAAGUGCUUUGAUACUUUCUCGUUACAGGUAUCUCAGAAUUUACUACUUCUUAAUACAGUGACCAGACAGGAUGAAAGAAAAAUGGUCUUCUGUUUUUCAAAUGUUUGAGUUUCUUGUUUGUAACAGCAUGGUUUACUGUGAAAAGUGAAAGAAGAAUCUUUCUGGACACUUUAAAGCUAGCUGGUGGCAUAGCAAAAUGCCUGGUUUGAGGCAGCUCUGCUUGUUUACACUGAGACGUUUCCAAGCUCGGACUCUGUGUAGUGACCUGCUUUUGAGCCAGAUAAAUGGCUGCACCCAUGAGGAUGAAGUGUUCAGCCUUGUUCGGAGGAACAAGGCCAGACUUUCUGAAAAGCAUGUGGGAAUUGCAUUGAACAUGCUGUGGCAAUUGCAAAAGAAGAAGCCCAUUCUCUUAAGGACUAGUGACUACGUAAGAAAUCACUCCCAGUUUCUUACCCUUUGCAUUUUGGCAGAAAACAAGGCAGAACACAUGGAAGAUGAGGUGAUAGUGGACACCUUAUAUAGCAUCCUGAGGCUCGAUGCUGAAGAUCAUUCUUCUCUAGCAAAAGUGCUUGUUACAGAAGCAUGGAAAAGAUUAGAAAGGCUUAGUUUGCCAGCUCUGUCUAAAUUUGCUCUGUGCUUAUACAAGCAACACAGGCACUUCAGUCCCUUAAUUGGCCAAGUAGCUCAUAUUGUGGACAUGAAACUGGAUUCUAUACAGGAUAUAAGGAUCUUGUCAGUUUUGAUGGUCAGCAUAUCUGAAGUUAUCACUGAGAGUUUUCGAGAUCGAUUACUACACAAGGCUGAACAGCUCUUAGAAGAAACGGAUGAAGUCCACUUCAACUAUGCCAGAAGAGUACUACAGUUUCUCCAAAAUGUUAAACUGAGGUAUCAUCCAUUGAUAGAAAAAUGCAACAGGAUUUUCCUUGAAAAUGCCUCCCAUCUUGAUAUACACAGCAUUAGUCAUAUUCUUGGACUGUAUGAGCAGCUGGGUUUUGACAGUGCUGAAUUCCGCCUGAUUGCUAAACAUCUGCUAUCUGAAACUAUAGAUGAUUAUUAUGAUCCUGAAACAUUUGCAAAAUUGUUUUCCUCUCUUGGGCCUAUGGCAGGAUCCAAGGUUAGAGAAAGGUUGCUAGUAACUGCAGGACACAUGGCAGAGGAAUUUAGCAGUCACCAAGUAUUGAUGAUACUGAAGACUAUGCAGAAAAUGAAAUGCAGAAGUUCUCAUCCACUCAAAAAAAUGGCUUCUGUUCUGCACAAACACUUGGAGAGCUAUCACGCAUUACAGUUGGUAAAGUUAACACAGUACUUGGUGGCGUUGCAUUGCCAGGAUCUGGAGCUGUUUUCCAAACUAAAAAUGUUACUAUUAGGUUAUUUAAAAUCCAGUGUGAUACCUGCUGAUACUGCAGCCAUAAUUCGUGUUCUGGCCAUGCUUCCUUCUUUUCAAGUGGAGGAAAUGAUUAUAAACAAAGCAGCAGCAGUUUUGCCUCAAUGCAGACUCCAUCAUUUGAAUUGCAUUGCUACAGCUCUUGUCAAGUGGAAUCAUCAUGGCCAGUUGCACUGGCAAAACAGUUCUGAGCUAUGUGCCAAGCUUCUGCAAAAACUAAAUGACUGUGGAUUUCAGAGGCUUCAGAAAGCCAACAACUUAAAUCUUCUGUUGGAAGAACUUCCACAUGUGAAUGGAGAGUGGUUAGAGGAAGUCCUGAAUGAGGAAACUCUGGCCAUGUGUCAGCGCUUGAUAGAUCAAAUAACAUGGGCAAAUAUUUUACCCUUGUCUUUUUUCCUCAUAAAAUCAGACCACCGUUGUCCUGCAUUAUUUGACAGAAUAUCUUCUGUGACUGUUGAGAAUAUAGACAAGAUUCCCCUCUCUGAAAUCUAUUUUAUUCUCUUCCUUUUCUCAACUUUGAAUUAUGAUCCUCCUGACAACGAAGAAUUCUUUAAGAGUUGUAUCCAACAUCUGACUUCUAAUUUGAGUCAUCUUGAAGCUUAUCACUUGGUGCUGCUUGGUCAUGUUCUGGCAGUGGCUGGGUAUUUUCCUCCAGCUCUGAUAACGACAAUAUUUAAUGUUUCUUUCCUAAGCAAAUUGGAUGCUCAACUUAAAGUCCUGCCUGAUAUGGUGAAGCACAGGGUCCAGUCAAGCCUCAUGAAAUUGAACAGAGCAGUCUGUCUGGAAUGCCCAGAGUUUCACAUCCCUUGGUUUCAUGAGCCAUACUGCCAACGUAUGUUUCAUAACAGCACGAGCCGAAUAAAUCCAGAGCGACAGAACAUUCACGGAAUGCUGACAGAGAUCUUAGGAGGGAGGCAUUACUCAAGAAUAUCUGUUCUCACACCGUACUACUAUGAAAUAGAUUUUGAGUGUGUCCUGAAUGUAAAUAAAAAGCCUCUUUCCUAUAUGGCUCAGAAUAUACCUUUGGAUGGUGGGGGGGGAAUACACUUGAGACGUGACAUCAAGGAUGAAGGGAGAAAGGCUUUACCACCAGGAGCUCAAAGAAUUGCUUUGGAGUUUCUUGAUUCAAAAGCUUUUAGCAAAGAUUAUUCACAUCAUCUGAAAGGAGAACCUGCAGUGAAAAAGCGACACCUGGAAAUGCUGGGGUACCGAGUAGUUCAGAUUCCUCACUUUGAAUGGAAUUCUAUGGCUCUGUCAACAAAAGGUGAACAGCUGGAAUACCUGAGACAGCAGCUGUAUGGAAUACAGUGAUAUCAGACAUGCAGACAUCUUCUAUAGAAACAGUUUAUGUACCAUCAAA